AGUGCAUUGUGGGCUCGCCUAAAGCAGUGGAGUAGAUCCUGAAUGAAAGUGGCGCGCGUCCCGUGACGUUAUCCGGGUAGGAGCGGCUGUAACCCGGACCUCGGCCGGGUUUCGGGUGCCUUGCAAGUCCCGUGCGGAGCGGACCGCGAGGCGCCAGCGGAGGCUCAGCGAGCGUUGGCGGAGUGGGGCCGCUCUGCGCAGCCCCAGGUCAUGGCUCACAACAAGAUCCCGCCGCGGUGGCUCAACUGUCCACGGCGCGGCCAGCCGGUGGCAGGAAGAUUCUUACCGUUGAAGACAAUGUUAGGACCAAAAUAUGACAGUCAAGUUGCUGAAGAAAAUCGAUUCCAUCCCAGUAUGCUCUCAAAUUAUCUAAAGAGUCUGAAGGUUAAAAUGGGCUUGUUGGUGGAUUUGACAAAUACUUCAAGGUUCUAUGACAGAAACGACAUAGAAAAAGAAGGAAUCAAAUAUAUAAAACUUCAGUGUAAAGGACAUGGUGAGUGCCCUACAACUGAGAAUACUGAGACAUUUAUUCGUCUGUGUGAGCGGUUCAAUGAAAGAAAUCCACCUGAACUUAUAGGUGUUCAUUGUACCCAUGGUUUCAAUCGCACCGGUUUCCUCAUAUGUGCCUUUCUGGUGGAGAAAAUGGACUGGAGUAUUGAAGCAGCAGUUGCCACUUUUGCUCAAGCCAGACCACCGGGAAUUUAUAAGGGUGAUUAUUUGAAAGAACUUUUUCGUCGCUAUGGUGAUAUAGAGGAAGCACCACCCCCACCUCUAUUGCCAGAUUGGUGUUUUGAGGAUGAUGAAGAUGAAGAUGAGGAUGAGGAUGGCAAAAAGGAAUCAGAACCUGGGUCAAGUGCCUCCUUUGGCAAAAGAAGGAAAGAACGGUUAAAACUGGGUGCUAUUUUUUUGGAAGGUGUAACCGUUAAAGGUGUAACUCAAGUAACAACUCAACCGAAGUUAGGAGAAGUACAGCAGAAGUGUCAUCAGUUCUGUGGCUGGGAAGGGUCUGGAUUCCCUGGAGCACAGCCUGUUUCCAUGGACAAGCAAAAUAUUAAACUUUUGGAGCAGAAGCCGUAUAAAGUAAGCUGGAAAGCAGAUGGCACUCGAUACAUGAUGUUGAUUGAUGGCACAAAUGAAGUUUUUAUGAUUGAUAGAGAUAAUUCAGUAUUUCAUGUUUCAAAUCUAGAAUUCCCAUUUCGUAAAGAUCUCCGUAUACAUUUAUCAAAUACUCUCUUAGAUGGGGAAAUGAUUAUUGACAAAGUAAAUGGACAAGCUGUUCCUAGAUAUUUGAUUUAUGACAUAAUUAAAUUUAAUGCACAGCCUGUUGGAGACUGUGAUUUUAAUGUUCGUCUACAGUGUAUAGAACGAGAAAUAAUAAAUCCUCGACAUGAAAAAAUGAAGGCUGGGCUCAUUGACAAAACACAGGAACCAUUUAGUGUCAGAAAUAAGCCAUUUUUUGACAUUUCUACUUCAAGAAAGCUACUUGAAGGAAAUUUUGCCAAAGAAGUUAGCCAUGAAAUGGAUGGACUUAUUUUUCAACCCACUGGAAAAUAUAAACCUGGUCGAUGUGAUGAUACUUUGAAAUGGAAGCCCCCCAGUCUGAAUUCUGUGGAUUUUCGCCUGAAGAUAACAAGAAUGGGAGGAGAAGGGUUACUUCCUCAGAAUGUUGGCCUUCUCUAUGUUGGAGGUUAUGAAAGACCCUUUGCACAAAUCAAGGUGACUAAAGAGCUAAAACAGUAUGACAACAAAAUUAUAGAAUGCAAAUUUGAGAACAACAGCUGGGUCUUCAUGAGACAGAGAACAGACAAAAGUUUUCCUAAUGCCUAUAACACUGCCAUGGCUGUGUGCAACAGCAUCUCAAACCCUGUCACCAAGGAGAUGCUGUUUGAGUUCAUUGACAGAUGUGCAGCAGCUUCUCAAGGACAGAAACGAAAGCACCAUCAGGACCCUGACACGGAGCUCAUGCCUCCACCGCCCCCCAAAAGGCCACACCUGUGACCUAAGUCCUGCCUCUGCCUUCAGGAUCGAGAGGAGAGAUGUGUGAGGAGCAUGCUGUCAUUCCUCUUGCGCCAGAGAAAUUCAACCAGGGACGUGGCUUGACGUUGAUAUACAUUUUGUUUUAUUUUAUUUUAUUUUUUAAAGAAAAGUAUUGUAGCCAGCCUGUAAAUAUAUGAUGCAUUUGUUUUCUUAGUGCUACAAUAAAUACAUCAUGGACUUAAACAUUUUAUUUAUAUUUGGUAAACUCAGCCUUACCUUGUGGAAUAUGAAGAUUGAAAUAUCCAAAGGUUUGAACAAGAUUGAAAUCAAUGAAAAAGAGGCCUUGUUUAUAUAUGGAUAACUUCUACCUUUAAUUUAUAAAGUUAGCAAUCUGGAACUGUGAGAGCCUAGAACACUGUAUUUUUUUAGAAGUUGUAUUUCAGCUAUGGUAAAUUUUCCUUUCAAGAAAUUUAGGCAAUGGCAUUAAACAUUCUUGCUAUCAUUUAUCAUGGAUUUCCUCCAUUUCUGAGAUUCUUGUAUUAAAAAAUGAAUGACAAGGUUAAGUAUUGUGCUAUGUUAAAUGACUUGGUCUGGCUUUAUCAUUUUAAGGAGAUUUUUUUUGAAAUGUUAAAGUAAAAAAGUGAAGCUCCAAUUUUGUCAACUGCAUCCUUUCUAAAGAAAGAAUAUUGAGGAUUUGCAUCUGCUUCUGUUGUUAGAACUAUAAUACCCGAUCUCCAGUGUGUCCACGCCGCAGUGGUUUUGAGUUACUUCGUAGAACUUAGAUAUACACCACCAGGUCCUUCAUGCAGCAUUUCCUGGGAGACAUUUUUUUAAAUGCCAGGGCUGCUGCUGCUGUACCUCAGUGGUAUCAGCACAUUGUAACUUACACUAGAACACACAGCUCACUGUGAUUAUAGGAGUGAUACCCAACACAAGCAAUGUCGUUUUAUUUCCCUCGAACGGGACAGCAAAGGAAAUGCCAGCUGACUCCUUUGGGCGUCAGUGGACCAGACGCUGUUGCUACAAAGCCCUCUCCCCCGUCUCAUAAAUGCAGAGAGCAGACAUCUACAGGGGCUGAACACCAAGGAAGUCAAGACAUUUAUUUUCAAAGCCAGAAUUCUAUCUACAUUUUCUUCUGGGAAUGCUAUUUCUGCCAUUAUGUCUGAAUUUUAAACCAUUUGCUGGUAGAUAAUAAAUUAAAGACCGGCUAAUUGGUCAUCUGCCAUUGUUGAGAAACUGUGUUCUGAUAGGUUUCUGAAGGAAUUAGCCAGUUGGAGACUAAUGUAUUUAUUUUUAGAGGUACAGGUUUCAAGUGUAUGUAUGUACAUUUUUUUCCUGAUCUGAAUUUUAUAUGUGUUAUGCAUAUAUGUGGUAAUAUGCACAACAGUGCAUAUUCUUCUACUAACACAGUCAGAAAAGAAAAUCCAAACACCCUACCUAGCAGACUGAAUAUCUAACAGGAUUUCCACACGUUAUAGCACAGAUUAACCAAAAAUGUAUUUGUAUUCACUUGAGUUUAAAUGUUUUUAGACAAAGGUGUUCCCCAGUAGUGCUUUUCUAUGUGAAAUAGUAAUGUCAUGCUGGGGUGUUUUCCCUUGCUGUCCUCGGGGUCUGAAAUGGACAGUGAACUUAUCCAAAACGCCACCAUAGGGUUCCUUCCCAGAACACUUUGGUGCGUUUGGGCGCUGAAGGGACGGAUACACCCGACUGCAACACUGACCGCAGACAGGUGGGACCUGUCAAGGCCCCAUGGUGCCUCGUCCAGAACAGACCUGAGAAAACACCUGCACAGCUCCAGGUGGUCUGCUGUCUCCUUCCCCAGGGUCAGUGACUCUUUGCGCCACAUGCGGCUUUCUCCUGAGCCUGUGUAAAUGCAGGGCCCUUUGCUGACGUAAGAGCAACCUUCUGCCAGUGAUCUUUAAUGGAGUUGAAGUGUUUAUGGUAAUUGUAACCUUUUAAAUGAGUUAAUGUGAAAAGAGCAUCUCAUUUUUAAUACAUCCAGCUAUUUCUUCUUACCUUUGUGCAUUU